AACGGAUGCGGACGGUGCGAAAGAAAACGUUUACAAGGUUUUAAUGUUAUAAAAGCGAAAAAGGUGUUUUGGAAAAAUUGUUUAGCAGAGAAGAAGAAAAGCGAAAAAUAAAAAAAAAUUAAAGUUUUUAAAUGAAAGAUAAAAUAUUUGAUUAAACAAAAUAGCCAAAUUGCUUUGCCGGCAACAUUCAAGAUCCUUAACUUAAUUGAAAUUGUAAACGAAAUUUUUAUGGUCGCCGCCUAAAAGCCUGCGAAAAGCGAAAAAGAAGGAAAACUCCCAAACAAAACACCUUCAUGAGCAUACAUUGUUGCGAUAAGGUGAGCGACACACCACAACGGGAAAAAGAGCAAAUUUACGACAAACGACGGCGCCGACGACGGAUAAGACAAACGACGAUAUAAAGUAAACAACAACAACAACAACGACUACGGUAAAUGUCUGUCAUUACAUGGUGCAGUGAUGGUGAUGGUGAGCGUGGAUAAAACCGGGAGCAUGUAAAACGACCAAAAAUUACUCGGCACACAAAAACACGCAAAAAAAGCAAAAAUUAAUCAACCAAAAUAAAGAAGUGAGGUGACAUUUAAAUUGAAAUUCACAAGAAACGAGAGUUGGGCAAGAAUGUCCAUAGUGACGACCGACCAAGCAGUGAAGCAAAGGAAAAUGUGAAAAACAAACAAAUAAUUUUGGUGUGAAAACGCAAACAAAUUAAGCAGGGAAUAAGUGAAGAAAGGCAAAGAAAAGUGGAGAUUUAAGCAAAGUAGAAAAAAAAAAUCACAAACCGAAAAAUAAAAAAAAACAAAACAAAUCCUUAAAAAAGUUCUAAAGUUCAAAAAAACAAAUCCUUAAAAAAGUUCUAAAGUUUUGGGAAGAUUGGUCAAGAAAAUUUUACCAGAAACAAAUCUACAAAGACCCCAGCAAUCAGUGUUGAUCACAAAGCAAAUACAAAAAUUCCAAAAAAUUUGUUAAAUCUAAAACUCCCUUCAACAACAUUACCCACAAUUUACCCGCCUUUUUGUAAAUUCUCCCGCGUGGCCAUGAAGAAACCACCCUCCUGCAAAAUGUUAUCACUACUGCUAAUCACCCUUUUGCCUUGUUUGACAGCAUCGGCCCCCUCACUGGCCGCCGAUAGCUCCUAUUUCAAUUCGGGCUAUGUCUCAAGUCCCUCCAUCUACUCCUAUACCAUUGAAAAUCAAAUACCCAUGAAUCAAACACAGCAAAGGGAAUUGGAUAAACUCGAUUACUAUCAAUCGGCGUCAAAUGCAAGGAAUUUAUAUUUUACCUCAUCAUCGGCGUCACAAGGCGGCAAUGGCAAUGGCAAUGGCCGAGAUUCGACAGCUUUUGCCUCGCCAGCAACACCUUUGGUGGCAUCGCCAGCCCCGCCUACACAAAAUGCCCCCAUUAGCGAUUGUACUUUGGAUCGUUUGGCUGUAUACAAAGUCGUUCUGCACACCUAUUGGACUAGGGAUUUGUUUCCCAAACACUAUCCAGAUUGGAGACCCUCUGCCCAAUGGACUAAAACUAUAGGUCGAACACACGACUCAAAAUACGCUUUGUAUCACAUGGGUCAACAGGCGACUUCCGGCGUUAAACAAUUUGCCGAAACGGGUAAAAGUGAUUUAUUGGACACGCCAUUAGGUGAACAGCAGCAGCAGCAACAACAACAGCAGCAGCAGAAGCAAACUACUACUAACAAUAAUGGCAACAUCAACAACAACAGCAAUCAAGGAACAACAACACGCAAUUCCCAUAACACGGCAAGUCCCCAGUCCGUUGUCAGUGGUAGUGGUGGUAGCGAGCGUAGCGUUUUCGAUGAAUUCAAUUUACCGGCCAUUACCACAGGUGCGGGUCGCAGCGAAGCAAAGUUCUUUGUCGAUAGCAAUCACAGUUUGGUGUCAUUAAUGACACGCAUUGUACCCUCACCUGACUGGUUCAUAGGGGUCGAUUCCUUCCAGCUUUGUGUGGGUGGCUCCUGGAUCGAUACGGUAACCGUCGAAAUGGACCCCCUGGAUGCGGGCACAGACAAUGGCUUCACCUUUACCGCCCCCAAUUGGCCCACAUCACCGCAGGGUGUUAUCUAUCGCAUCACUUCUCGCUAUCCAGCACAUCCUGCGGGCAGUUUCUUCUAUCCCAAAAGCAAACGUUUGCCCCCCAUGGCCACAUUUCAAUUUAUUAAGCUCAAAGAAUACGAACUCAGUGAAGUUUUCAAUUUUGCCGAAGAUGAUCGCAAAUACGAAACCGUCAAGACACAAACGCAUCUGGAAAUGGAACACAAUCAUGUCGAAAUGAAUAACGAACUGUCGGCGAGCAUAGAACGUGAGAGACAAAAUGAGAUAGCAGCACAGCCCACAAGGGCGACAGAAAGAGAUCGCAUACGCUCAAAGUUAUUGGAGAAAAUGAAUCCAAUGAACAACAAUUCAGCUUCAUUUAAUGUGGUGCCGAAAAACGAUAAAAAUGCCAUCAUGCAAAAUAUCGCCAACAGCUAUAGACGCUCUGAUUUAUCAUCAUCAGAAUCAGCCUCAUCGUCGUCGUCAUCCUCUUUGGCGCCUUCAUCCGCCUCCUCCGCAAUGGAUACUUAUGCAACCACAAAUCGCAGACGUCGCACGAAACGUCCACGCGAUUGCCGCGUCAGCCACUGGUCUGAGUGGUCGGCCUGCAGCAAAUCAUGCGGUAUUGGUGAAAUGCAUCGAUAUCGCAAAGUCAUUAAGCAUGGCAAACGGGGUGGUCGCCCCUGUCCGCCGUUGAAAGAGUCAAAAUGGUGUGGUUCAGAAAAGGGUUGCCAUGCACCCGAGACCUAUUUCAAUUGGUCUGACACAUGAAUCUCAUAUGGACAACCAACCGUGUAAAACCUCUUUCAAAAAGGCGUAUUAUUUUUAACAAAAAUAGAAACACAGAAUAAGUAUAAAUACGAAAAAGAAAAACCACAAACAUAAACACAAACACAAACAACAGUCCCAAAAAGCCCCCAACACAUCAAAAUAGAAAUAAAAGCGAAAAAGAAAAAAUAUUCAAAACAAA